GUUGUAUUACACCGUGACUCGAUACUUGUUUCCCGAUGCGUCUGUGAUCGUUCGUAAAUGAUCUUUCACUUCUUAUUGUGCGUGAAACUCGACUCGUAGAUAAGAUGCCGAAACGAUAAACUUCAUUCGAAAUCAGCGACCGGCAUUUCUAGUUGUGCCGAGGCGACUGGCUAAAGUAACCGAGGAGAUCCACUGCGAGAUCGAGAUCCUCCGGUCACUGACACCCCCCCCCAAAAAAAAUACGAUCAGGUGGAGGACGCACGUUGAUGCAAGUGUCGCUGAAGUUGUUUUGUGAAAUCAAUGAAGACAGAUUCGAAAUUGUAUAAAUUACCAGUGCAGGGUGAUCGCGAGUGCGAAUGUAGCAAACGUCGAUGAAAAGAGUAUAGCCGAAUCCGUGUGCAGCAUUUGAAAUUCAGCGGAAGUAUUUACGGAAGAUCACACGAAAAAAGGAAUGAAGAUGAUCAUGAUGGAACAUAACCGAUCAACACUCGAAGUGUUGUUGUUGUUGUUUUGUUGCGUUUUCACGUUGACACUCUGCGCCAAGGAUGAAAAACCACAUUGCGUGUGGUAUGGAGAUUGUUCUUUGGAAGACACCAAAAAAUUAACAUGCUCGUAUAAUGGCCCUCCCAAACUGAUUAAAAACGCGACCAUGUCGGAGAGACUUCGGUCAAAGUGUCCAUUUUACUUUCAAGACACCGACGACCCGGAGUUAUGUUGCGACGCCAAAAAUAUAGCUACACUGACCGGGCAGAUGGAAAUGAUCGAAGGUAUCUUUGGCAGGUGUCCAACAUGCAUAGAAAACGUUUACAAACUGAUCUGCGAUAUGAGCUGCAGUCCUGUGCAAAGCGAAUUCCUACGAGUACUUAAAAAUGAAACGAACGCCAAGGGUACAUAUGUGUCGGAGAUCGAGGUACAUGUUGCGGAAGAAUAUAUGAAUGGUACCUACAAUUCUUGUAAAGACAUCGUUCACCCGGCAAGUGGAAAUUUAGCUAUGCAAUUGGCAUGCGGAUCUAACGGGGCCAACGGAUGUACAGCGAAGAAAUGGUACGAGUACCAAGGUGAUCCAGAUGCGAACACUUUCAUAGCUUUUCGGGUGCAUUUUAUUCCUAAUAACACCUUCUGGAAUAACCUAACGAAACCAUGCAGUGACAGAACCAAUGGUUUGUCAGCAUGUAGCUGUACCGACUGUCCGGCGGGUUGCAAUUACACAGUAAACCUUGACAAGCCUAAUUUUCUCAUUUUCGCUGUCGAAGGUUACGGAGUGGUAGCAGCAAUUUUUAGCAUUCUUUACGUUUUGGCAGCUGUGAUCUCCUACAUGAUUGUCAGAAGAUGUUGUAGACGUUCAGUCGUAGAUUCGCCCGAAGAAGAUUCGGAAGGGAUCUGUCGUGGAAAUAUCCAGAAGCUGUUCCAAGACCUGUUCACUGUCUGUGGCAGAGUUUUCGCAACGUAUCCAACGCUGACACUUUUCAUUUCUUCGUACGUGGUACUGGGCCUAAGCUACGGAAUUACACAACUGAUCGUGGUCAGCGACCCCAUCGAAAUUUGGGCUGCGCCCACCAGCAGAGCAAGAGUCGAGAAAGAUUACUUCGAUUCUCGUUUUCAACCGUUUUACAGAACCGAGCAAAUUUACAUCAAGUCUGUAGGAAUCGACAAGGUGCUAUACAACAGCUCGACUGGUACCCUAGAAUUCGGUCCCGUCUUUAAUAAAACAUUUUUACUGGAGGUGUACAAGCUACAAAGCAAAAUUCUUGAACUUGGACAAGAGGAAGGAGAAGGUUUGGAGCACUUCUGUAGCGCUCCAAUUCGAAAUGAUUUUACCGGUCCCACUACUGUAAAUCACUGCACCAUACAGAGCAUUUGGGGAUAUUUCCAAAAUGAUAUCUACAAGGUUCUCGAAGGGGACGAUUAUUUGUAUCAAUUGUACCAGUGUUCGCAGAAUCCAUUCAAUGCAGACUGUGUGGCACCUUACGGGGGACCGAUACUGCCAGCCAUAGCUUUCGGAGGUUUCCUCCGUGACGGCGAGUUUAACUAUGACGCUGACGACUACAUCAAAGCGACAGGAUUGGUUAUAUCAAUCAUGGUGACAAACUCGCUGGACAAAACUGUGCUCGAGGCCACAGAAAAAUGGGAACAGAGGUUUCUUGACUUCAUGAAGGAAUGGGAUGCUAAAGAGCGACCGGAUUUCAUGGACGUCGCGUACUCGACCGAGAGAUCGAUCCAAGAUGAGUUGGAACGAUCUUCGAAAGCGGAAGCGAUGACAGUGGUCUUGAGCUACAUAAUAAUGUUCAUUUACAUAGCCAUAGCUCUGGGUAGAAUACAGUGUUCCAUCAAAAGAUGUUUCUUGACCAGCAAAAUAAUGUUGAGUAUCGGUGGGAUCGUGAUAGUAAUGGCAUCCGUGGCUUGUUCUCUCGGCGUAUUUGGCUACAUCGGUGUACCAACGACGUUGCUCACGAUAGAGGUGAUUCCGUUUUUGGUAUUAGCCAUAGGCGUAGACAAUAUUUUCAUAUUGGUUCAAACACACGAGAGACACCCUAAACACGCCGAGCAAACAAUACCAGAGCACGUAGCAGACAUUUUGGCCAAGGUUGGUCCGUCGAUGCUGCUAACCAGUGCAUCCGAGUGUCUCUGCUUUUUGAUCGGAACAUUGUCCUCCAUGCCAGCAGUGAACACAUUUGCUCUUUACGCUUCGCUGUCCAUUUUCUUCAACUUCCUGUUACAAACGACAGCAUUCGUCAGCCUUUUAUCGUUGGAUGCUAAAAGAUUACAGAACAAUUAUUUGGACGUGCUUUGUUGCGUUAAAGUGAAAAGUGACGAGGAUUGUAAAGUCGACGAGAACUAUAGUUUCGUGCAAACGAUAUUCAAACGGUUUUACACGCCAUUCAUCAUGAAGAAGCCGGUCAGAAUAAUCGUGCUGCUCUUUUUCUUCGUCAUGUUGGUAACACAUGCUGCAGUACUGCCAAGAAUUGGCAUUGGUUUGGAGCAGAAGCUUUCAAUGCCAAUGGAUUCUUACGUUUUGAAAUAUUUCGAGUAUAUGCAGGACCUCUUGUCGAUGGGUCCACCAGUUUACUUUGUGAUCACUCCUGGCCUCAAUUAUAGUAACAGGGACGUACAAAAUAUAAUUUGUGGAAGCCAAAGAUGCAAUGACGAUUCUAUGUACACGCAGAUAUACUCGGCAGCGAAACAAUCCAAUAGAUCAUAUUUAUCGAAGGCGGCUUCAUCUUGGAUAGACGAUUACAUCGAUUGGUCUGUCAGUCCAGAAUGUUGCAUGUACUUUAAAAACAAUCAAUCUUUUUGUCCACACACCAAAGGAGAAACUGACUGCAGUAAAUGUAACAUCACGUUAAGCGAUUCUCGACCGACCCCAGAUCAUUUUCAAAAAUACCUAACAUACUUUCUGCAAGACAUACCAGACACUACGUGCAUAAAGGCUGGUAGGCCCUCGUAUUUAGAGGCAAUGGAUUAUUACUAUGACAAGAAUGGUUCGAUAGAUAUCGGCGAUACUUAUUUCAUGGGUUAUCAUACUCCGUUAAAGAAGUCCUCGGAUUGGUACGAAGCUUUGAAAUCCGCCAGACUUAUAGCAGAUCAGAUCACAACGAUGAUUAACGAGAAAAACCUGACGAAUCAGGAGAUAACUGUGUUUCCAUACAGUGUAUUCUACGUCUAUUACGAGCAAUAUCUCACAAUCUGGAAGGAAGCUCUAUCAUCUUUGGGUUUCUCGCUUUGCGUCAUCUUUUUGGUCACUGCACUUUUGACAGGAUUCUCCUUAUUUUCGGCAAUAAUGGUGGUGCUGAUUGUGCUCAUGAUUAUCGUAAACAUGGGCGGUCUUAUGUAUUGGUGGCAGAUUGAAUUAAACGCGGUAUCUCUUGUCAAUCUAGUAAUGGCUGUUGGUAUUUCCGUCGAAUUUUGCAGUCACAUUAUUCAUUACUAUUUACAUUCCAAAGCAAGUACGAGCGUCGAUCGUGCCAAAGAGACACUUAACGAAGUGGGAAGUUCUGUAUUUUCAGGCAUUACUUUGACAAAAAUCAUAGGAAUCAUCGUAUUAGCAUUCCCGAAGACUCAAAUCUUCCAAGUAUUUUAUUUCCGAAUGUACUUUGGCAUUGUAUUGUUCGGCGCGGCGCACGGUCUGAUACUUUUACCUGUAUUAUUGAGCCUCAUAGGACCCUCGAGAUCCUCUGGACGUAAGCAUCGAAAAAUGUAAACUAUCGACAGAUCCUAAGCAGCGGUAUGCUCCGAGUUUUUCUAACAAUCGGUAAACAAAUGAGACAUUAAUCAAAUGAAACUAUUACUAUUAGACUGCAUUAUUCCAUUGUUACUACUAGAUUAUUACUACUAGACUGCACAGAUCACUAUGUAUUUAUAGCAUUUAUAUAUUUUCAAAAUACAAGAAAAUAAUCAUAUUCGAUCAGACAUCGAUGACAUUUUCAUUCCAUUUCUAGGAUAAGAUGUUCUAUAAAGAUACACAUAUUAAAUGUUCACAUAUUAUAUUGUAAAUACAUAAAGAUCCGCAACCUA